AUGCCUGCCGGUACACCGCUUUCCCCUGGCAUGCAGGCCAACUUCAAGGGUUUCACAUUUGUGAACGAAAGCUCAAUCGAUCACCAUGUGAAGGAUGUCCCAGAGGACGAGGACGAGGAUGAUAUGGUGGAUGAAGACACCAUCCUUGCCGGGUCGUGGCGAUCCCACCGACCGACCAACUCGUCAGAUCUUCGCAUGAGCGGUGCCAAGACAUCCGACGGUGCCGAUCCCGGAAUUUUUAACGUUGAUGAGAACUUUUGA